UGUUUUUUAUUUUUUUUAUAGCAUAUAGUAGAUCAUUUAAAAUAUUAUAAAUAUUUAUAUAUAUACAUUUCAAUAAACAUGGCAGAUGAAGAAAUCUUAUUUAAAAUUAUUUUAGUUGGUGAAAGUGGUGUUGGAAAAUCAAGUAUAUUAGUUAGAUUUACAGAUAAUACAUUUACACCACAUUUUGCACCAACUUUAGGUGUAGAUUUUAAUGUAAAAACAAUUAGAAAUAAAGAGACAGGUCAAACUGUUAAAUUACAACUUUGGGAUACAGCAGGUCAAGAAAGAUUUAAAUCAAUUACACAAACUUUCUAUAGAGGAUCACAUGGUGUUAUUGUUGUAUAUGACGUUACUGAUCCAAAAUCAUUUGAAAGAUGUAAAAAUUGGGUCGAAGAUAUUAAUCAAAACACACAAGAUGGUAUGAUUAUUAUAUUGGUCGGUAAUAAAUCCGAUUUAGCAUCCCAAAGAAAAGUAACUUUUGAACAAGGUCAACAAAUGGCUGAACAAUUAAAAACUAAAUUUUUAGAAGUCUCUGCUAAAGAAAAUAGCGGUAUUACUCAAGUAUUUGAUAUUUUAGUUCAAGAUAUUGAAGCAACCAUGAGGAAUAGCGAGGUUGCACAAAAACAAAUGGAUUUAAAUCAAAUGAAUGGUCAAAAGAAAUCUUGCUGUUAAAUUAUUUAAAAUCAAUUAUUAUAGUUUUUUUUUUUCCAAAUCCUUUAUUACCAUAUAUAUAUAUCCAAACCAUCCAAUUUUUUAAAACCCUUCAUACAUUCACACCGCCAUUAAACUCAAAGAAAGAACAUCUAUCCUUCUUUUAAUAAUAUUAUAUCAAUAACAAUACUCUAUAAAAUAAUUUUUUAUACUUUUUUUUUUUCUUUACAAAAAAAGUUACCAUCCACAACCUUUUUAAAACAUAAAUAAAAUGCCCAAAUGGGUUUGUUAAUU